AUGCGACGGGAGCGACGGUUGCGCCUGCUGCUGGCACUGGCGCUGAUCGCAGUGCAGCAGGUGGCCACCAGCGUGGCCACAGUGCGUCAGUCGCGCGAAAUCAUCAUCACAGAUGCGGUGCGGCGCAUCCAGAACGACGGCUACAACGUGGAGCGCCACACGGUGACAACCAAGGAUGGAUAUGUGUUGACCCUCCAUCGCAUUCCGCAGGUGGAUCCCGAGCGGGGAAGCCUGCUCCGGCGACCAGCCGUCUUCCUGCUCUCGGGACUCUACGCUUCCUCGGAUGUGUGGCUCCUCAACGGUAGGGAGGACUCCCUUGCCUAUCUCCUUUGGCGUGCCGGCUACGAUGUGUGGUUAGGCAACAACCGGGGCAACAUCUACUGCCGGAAGAACUUGUGGCGUAACACCACAGAGCGCGAGUUCUGGGACUUUAGCUGGCACGAGAUGGGUGUCUAUGACAUGCCCGCCCAGGUGGACUAUGUGCUCCGGAGCACCGGACAACGGGCCAUCCAUUUUGUGGGCAUUUCGCAGGGCGGCACCGUUUUCCUGGUGAUGAACUCCAUGCUGCCACAGUACAAUGCCGUCUUCAAGAGCGCCACUCUGCUGGCACCCGUGGCAUAUGUUAGCAACACGAAGAGCGGUCUUGCCAAGAUCAUCGGCCCGGUUUUGGGCACACGAAACUACGUUUCCAAAAUGCUCGAGGGCGUGGAGAUGUUCUCCACGAACAAGUUCUUCAAGAAGUUCCUGUCGAUGACCUGCCUGGAGAACGAGAAGCCGCUGGUCUGCAUUAGCCGUUUGUGGCCGGCGGUGGGCUAUGACACCAGGUUCCUCAACAAGACCCUGCUGCCCGAUCUGAUGGCCAACUUUCCCGCGGGCGGAUCGGUCAAGCAGCUGAUGCAUUACUUUCAGGGCUACGUGUCCACGCACUUCCGGCAGUAUGACUACGGUCCGGAGCGCAACUGGCUUCACUAUCAGCAGCUGGAGCCGCCGGAAUACGCGCUGGAGAAUGUGACCACGCCGGUGACGGUGUUCUUUUCGGAGAAUGACUACAUUGUGGCGCCAGCGGACAUCUGGCGACUGCUUACCCGGCUGCCGAACGUGGAGGCCGCCUACAAGGUUCCCUGGAAGCGCUGGAACCACUUUGACUUCAUCUGCGGCUUGGGUGUAAGAGAGUACAUCUUCGACAACAUCGUACUCUCCAUGAAUCGCUAUGAGCAGAGGCGUCGCUGA